AUGGGUGAUUCUCAUACAGACACCCAAAAUCAGGUCUCUCAGGCAGCUGCAGAACUCCAGCAGUACUGUAUGCAAAAUGCCUGCAAAGAUGCCUUGCUUGUUGGGGUUCCUGCAGGGAGCAAUCCCUUUCGAGAACCCCGAUCCUGUGCUCUACUCUGAAAUCAGGGAAGGUCAUCGGAGAGUUGCUUUCAAACAUGACGUGAAUAUCAACUGCCUUUCUUUCACAAGAAAAGCCUCUCCUAACUUUUGUGUGGCUAAAACAAUGCCCAAUAUUUAUCUGUUUUUUCUUGUGUAUCCGUACUUCACUAUCUUUUGCUAAUGUUCUUAAAAGUUUUUUAAUGUAACUCUUACUCUUUUCAUGAUUGUCACCAUUGUUACCACACUAUGCUAGCUAUAUAAAUAUUACUUCAGAAGUUUACAUUUUAGAAAAGAAAAGCACAUGAAUUUUUACCAGAUUACUUACUCCUAUUUUAGUAAACUGUAGCAUGUGAGUAAUAGCAAAAACUAUCAGUAUUUUCCAAAAUAAAACAUCCAAAAGCUGAACUACUAAAGCAUAGAACUAAAUGCUGAUAGUACUGAAGUAAUG